AUGAGCAAUUCCUUUGAACAAGCUGCGGCCGUCCAAGCCCUGAUCACAGCCAACAUUGACGUGUUGUACGCCGGUCAGUACCCGACCGUCAUCACCUAUGCCAACGUUCAACGUCGUCGCUUCCGUGCCAGCGUGCAGGUCAGGCAGCACCCCGGCUCAGCACGCUUCGAGGAAAAGGUUUCGGUAAUGGUUCGCGAACGUCGGGGGCGUAUUGGUCGUGGGGUCCUGCGUGCUCUCGAGCGCCUCUUGAGCAAGACGAUGCAGAUGCUCGGACGGCGUCAACUGGAGCAGCUGGAGAAGCUGGAGAAGCUGGGGAAGCUGGGGCAGCUGGAGCCAGAGAAACAGCGGCACGACCAGGAGCCAGAGGAGCCACCGGAGGGAGAUGAAGUUGGCGUCGAACUCAAACCAUUCCAAGAGAGCAGUGACACCAUUCCAGAGUACGACUACGAGAACGAAAUCAAUAUCGAAUCCUACAAGGUGUUGAAAUUCAAAACCGAGGACGAGGCACCAAACAUCGAAACCUGCCGCACCGUCCUCGUCAAACAAGAGGACGAGGUCGGUGACGGUGUCGGCCUAGGUCCGCGCACCAUGCUCAGAUUUUCCCAGCACGAACAUGAAGAGCAGGAUGAAGGGUUGAAGAGAUUGGGUGAGUUGGAGGGGAUGGUGGACAAGGGGGAGAUGGGACGGGUAACGAUCGAGCAGGAAGUCCACCGACUGUGUGGCUGCCUCCAUCUCGAGUGCUGGGACAGGGUCGUCGACAUGUUCUUCUUGCAAUGCUUCGACGAGACCAAUCCGGCGGUUCCUUACAGGAUCAGCGCCAUCGACGCGGGAACGUUGGAAGACGACGCGGAGGAGGCCCAUCCGAGGCAGGCCACCAUGGCCCGGCGCUGUGCGCGAAAGCUCGAGCGUGCCUGCUGCGCCUUUGCGACGUGCAUUCCUCUCAUCUUCGUGUACGGGCUGACGACCUGGGCCAUCUGGGUCGUCGUCAACAUUGGCUUCGUCACUCCCGAGGGCAGCUGGAUUGGCACCCCUUCGUCCGUCUUGGGCACCCUCCUCUAUUUCCUCCUCAACUGGUCGUACACCACUGCCGUCUUCACCAACCCGGGCUCGACGACCAAUAAUGACGGCUACGGCCUUCUGCCGACACCCAAUAGCCACCCGCCUGCGACGUCCUUCACCGUCAAGAGCAACGGUGAAGUCCGCUUCUGCAAAAAGUGCCAGGCCCGCAAGCCCGACCGCGCCCACCACUGCUCGACCUGCCGCCGGUGCGUCCUCAAGAUGGAUCACCACUGCCCCUGGCUGGCGACAUGCAUCGGUCUGCGCAACCACAAGGCCUUCCUGCUGUUUCUCAUAUACACCACCUUCUUCUGCUUCUACGCUUUCUCCAUCAGCGCCACCUGGGUCUGGGGCGAGGUCGUCGACGACAAGACUCACUACACCAACGCCCUCAUGCCCGUAAACUUCAUCAUCCUGAGCGCCAUCAGCGGCAUCGUUGGCAUCGUCGUCGGCGCCUUCACGGCAUGGCACAUCAUGCUGGCGAGCCGAGGCCAGACGACGAUCGAGUGCCUCGAGAAGACGAGAUACCUGUCCCCCCUUCGGAAGACGUACCAGCGAGCGCACGACCCGGCGAAUCGGAUCCCUCAGGCUGCCCAGCAAUUCGUCGACUUUCACACCAACGCACUACCCGGCAUCACGCGCCCAGAGGAAGGCGAGGAGCGACGGGCGACACCCGAGAACCAGGAACCCGACGGUUCUAGACCGACGCACAUGUCGUAUGACGAGAGGGAGCGCCUGCAGUCUCGGCAGCGCUACGAAGACUAUCUCGACGAACAGGACUCGGAGAAGCUACCCAACGCCUUUGACCUCGGCUGGAAACGGAACCUGCUCCAUCUCUUGGGUCCAACGCCGAUCCUCAUGGCCUUCCCCAUAUGCAACACCACCGGCGACGGCUGGACGUGGGAGGCCAGCCCGAGGUGGCUGGCGGCCCGUCAGCGCCUGAGGCUGGAGCGCGAGCAGCAGCGUGCGCGGGAAGCCAACGCUGGCUGGGGAGCCGCCGACGGUCCGGCCGGUCCGCCGUCGUCCAACGGACCCUCGCGCGAAGGCCAUCUGUAUCCGGGAUCCGGGGACGCCAUGGACAAGAAGCCGCCCAGCAAGGCCGACCGCGUCCUCGGCCGGGACCCGAACCUGUACGCGGAUGGCACGCAAGGCGUCCCGAUGCAGCGCCUCAGCCCCCGAGGCAGGACGGUCGAAGAGGAGCUCAAGGAGAUAGACGACGAAGAUUUGAUGACGCCCACGACCAUGACUUCGGAAGCGAACCGGCAGGAAGCCGAGCGUCGGGCCCUCGAUGUUGUCACCAACGGUCGCGGGUGGGGCCGAGGCGGCGCGAGCGGCAUGCUUCGCAAGGGCAGCUCGCCCGACGUCAUCGGGCCGAGAGCGAGCCAGCAGUUCCCCGACGACGGCGUCGACUGA